AUUCCCCCUCCGCGCCGCCGCUGCUGGACUUGCUGUUAAACGUUUAAUGAAAGAAGCUGCAGAAUUGAAAGAUCCAACAGACCAUUACCAUGCGCAGCCUUUGGAGGAUAACCUUUUUGAAUGGCACUUCACAGUUAGAGGGCCCCCAGAUUCUGAUUUUGAUGGAGGAGUUUAUCAUGGACGAAUAGUACUGCCACCAGAGUAUCCCAUGAAGCCACCAAGCAUUAUUCUCCUAACGGCUAAUGGACGCUUUGAAGUGGGCAAGAAAAUCUGCUUGAGCAUCUCAGGACAUCAUCCUGAAACUUGGCAGCCCUCAUGGAGUAUAAGAACAGCAUUACUAGCCAUCAUUGGGUUUAUGCCAACAAAAGGAGAGGGAGCCAUAGGUUCUCUCGAUUACACACCUGAGGAAAGAAAAGCACUUGCCAAAAAGUCACAAGAUUUCUGCUGUGAAGGAUGUGGCUCUGCCAUGAAAGAUGUCCUCUUGCCUUUAAAAUCUGGAAGUGAUUCAAGCCAGGCUGACCAAGAAGCCAAGGAACUGGCUAGACAAAUCAGUUUUAAGGCAGAAGUCAAUUCAUCUGGAAAGACUAUUGCUGAAUCAGACUUAAACCACUCUUUUUCACUAAAUGAUAUACAAGAUGAUGUUCCUACAACAUUCCAGGGUGCUACGGCCAGCACAUCGUAUGGAGUCCAGAAUCCAUCUGCAGCAUCCUUUCAACAACCUACCCAACCUGCAGCUAAGAAUACCUCCAUGAGCCCUCGACAGCGCCGGGCCCAGCAGCAGAGUCAAAGAAGGUCAUCCACCUCACCAGAUGUAAUCCAGGGCCAGCAGCCAAGAGACAACCACACUGAUCACGGUGGAUCAGCUGUACUGAUUGUCAUUCUGACUUUGGCAUUGGCAGCUCUUAUAUUCCGACGAAUAUAUCUGGCCAAUGAGUACAUAUUUGACUUUGAGUUAUAAUAUUGUUUUGCAACUUAAGAGCUGUGACUCAACUGCUUCAUUAAACAUUCUGCAUUGGGUAUAAUCUAAGAAUUGUUUACAAAAAAAUUAUUUUGUAUUUAUCCUCCAUUCCUUUUUUGAUCCUUAUAAAUUCAAUAUAAAUAUGGCUAGAUAGUUAGACUAUAUCCAGCAGUGUGUCCUGCUUAAUGUAAAGGACUAGAAGUCAGUUUCUUGUCGCACUAUUUGAUCUGCUUCAUAGGGAAAUAACUUAUUGUUGUUUCUAAUGCCUCAGCUUCUGUAAAUUUGAAAUAUUUUUUUGUUUAGUCCUUUGAAUUUUUCAGAUAAAUGAUGGUAUUUUAAGUUCCCCUGAGUAUUACUAGUUACUCAAUAUCAUUUAUUGAGUGCUAUUUCUACCUAGGCAGAAUGAUCUAGGGACAGAAGAGUUGAAAAGGGAAAACAAGACUCAAGUAGCUUCCUUAUAAAGUGUCAUUCAUACUGGGACUGUCCACUCUGUAACUGUUCUAAUAUAAUUUAUUUCAAUCAAAUGUUUAUGAGGAAAUGAGAUUACAUCAUUGUUAUCAGAUGUUACUUGAAGAGGAAGUACUUUGUAACCACUUUGAUAUGCUGUUAUCAUCCUUUUUUCUCCAAUAGACACACAGAUUUUAAAAGAAAGAAAACAGUCCUUCAUAGGUCUUUGUCUUAAGGAAGAAAGAGUCCAAGCCAGAAAUUAUUUGAUUUUCUUCUGGAAGUUCAGUGGGAGUAUCUUAAGAUUUGAAUGUUUGCUUUGCUUUGAAUUGUAUAUAUUUUGAAAUGUGUUAUAUACCUAGCUUUGUAAUCACUAUAAAUUGUAAUUACUUCAGGAAUAUGCAUAAUGUUUAAAUAUUUCAUGUACCAUUUUAAUAGAAAACCUCAGGGCCCAAGUAUUAGUGAUAAAARUUAGAAAAACUUACUUAUAAUAGUCCACCUAAUCAAAGCCCAAGAAAGAUUUUCAGUGAAAAAAAUCAGUAUAUCACUGAAUGCUAGUCAGCUCCRCGGAUGCUGGUGGAUAAUUUUGUCAUUAAAAUGCCUGGUGAGACCAUAGACUCAGAAAAUAUUGCCUCUAGCAUGUGCGGUUAGCAACGUUGACUACUCGUGGAGUGUGGUUAAUGAAGUUUUAAUUUUUAAAUAUAGUCCCCAGCCUUCAAACAGCUUUUGCUCUAAAAGUGCAUUUGUAAACRUUUUUUUGGGUACAACUCAAUGUAAAUGAUAUUUAAGUUCUAAACCAGUCCAUGAAAUUUAGCCCAUAUAUAUUUGGAUAGUUUGGGGGAGGGUAUUCAUGAAGUCCUUAUGUGGUUUUAACUAACUGAAAUUAUGGGCUAGAAAAAAGCAAUUCAUAAAAUAAUUUUAAAAGCAAAUUUAAUUUUUACUCCUAACACAGGACUUUGGAUCUACUAACCAUCAGACAUAAUUUCUAUUUUUACUUGAUGGCCAGUUUUCCAUUAAGUCUGUAUCUAAAAUAAGAACAUAUUGCAUACUAUUAUAUAAUAUAGAGUUGUCUUAAACUUUAAUAAUUUAGCAUUUUAAAGUUGUUCAGGUUUUUUUUUUUCUGUUAUAUCUAGCUGAAGUUGGUAGUCUGAAAAGCCUAAGGACUUAUGAAGACCUCAUGUCAGGAAAAUUAUAGAUUCCAUUUUAUAAUUUUAUUGCCAUGAGAAAAUACAUCCUGAAGUCUUGGUUUAUAACCCAAGAUAUUAGAAAUAUUGGGUCAGUUGUCUACCCAACUGGGAAGACCAGGUAUUGGCAUCACCUAAGAAAUAAAUCCCAUGCCCUCAACCUAUGCUGAGAUUAAUCAUGCGCUAGGAACAAUCUUCUUUCUAUUUCCUCUCAAACUUGAGCCAGCCUCUGGAUGUAUAUGAUCUUGACUGUUUCCACAGGCUGUACCUGUGCUUUACAAUUAAGCAUUUUGCAGAUCCUUCUUUAAUCUGAUUUGUGUCUCUUCCCUUACCUUCAAGGAACUGGACACCUGCCUGAUUGUUCAGGGUCUUUUAGCACUUGACACAUACAUGUAGAAGUGGCACGUUUUUCCUCUUUCACCUCGAAUGGUCUUCCUAAAAAUCCUGAAAUUGUCAAUCUGAUCCCCAUUGUGUGGUUAAUAAACCACAUUAAAUUGAUCUUUGGGGCCAUUUUUAUUGAAACCCCACUGAAGGGCCUCUUCAGAAAACUUGUUAUUUUAAAGCCCCACUUUAACUCUUAAUUCAAGCAUAACUCUUAAUUCAAGUAUAAUCUGGUAUAUAAAGAUGUAAAGGACUCCUUAUUACCCCAAUUCUCAGAUUUAGGUAACUCUUGGCUUUUUCAUUGACCAACAUAGUACAUUACUACUUAUUAAGGUAGUUAAAAUAGCAUGCUUGAUAAAAAUCUGUCUGUUUCACUUGUAACUGUUUAAAGCCAAUGAACUUUCAAAUUUUAUGUAUUGGGGCUUUUAUGUAGCACUUUAUAUUUUCAUGCUGCUUAUUGUUUUAUUCUACUGAAAUAAAUGAAUUUCAUCAAGAUUCUCAACUAAUUUUUUAAAGAAAUCUUAAAUUGUUUAUUGUUUUGACUACGGAAAUAUACAGUUUCCUAUUUCAGGAGAAUAAAGGACUCUUUUUGUUAUUUUCGGUUUAUGAAUAAACAUUCUGGUAUCUUGAAGCUUGCCUGUUUUUGUAGAUCAGAAUCAGUAAACAAGUAAACCUCACACACUUGAACUUAAUUGAGCAGAAACUUAGGGUGAAGUACUGAAAAGCGUACAUUGUUUUAUCACUUGCAAGUAAGUAUAAAGUGAAGGCAUUUAGUGAACCUUACUUUAACCAAGAAUAAUGUGUACAUUAUCUUGUGUACCAUUGAAACCCUCAUGGGGAGCUGUGCAUUGCUCAGAAGCUGUUUGGAAUGUCUCUUGAAUAGGUGCCUUCAGAACUAG